CACCGUCGAUCCUUUCCUAUUUCCCCCUACCCUAGUUCCCUUUCCCUUCUCGUCUUCCACGGUUCCACCCCGAAAGCACCGGAAGAGCAGAGCAACGCUAGAGUGGGGAACUGCUCUCUCUGCGAUCGCGAGGUCUCUCAAAAUGGUGCUGCUGCAACCAGAUCGGUUCCUGAGCGAGCUGACGAGCAUGUACGAGCGGAGCACGGAGAAGGGCUCCGUGUGGGUCACCAUGAAGCGAUCGUCGCUCAAGGGCAAGGCGCAGUUGCAGAAGAUGGAGAAGAAGGGACAGGAGGUGGAGUACCGGUGCCUCGUCCGCGCAUCCGAUGGCAAGAAGAGCAUCUCCACCUCGCUCUCUCUGAAGGAGUACCUGAAAUUCCAAGCUUCAUACGCAACAGUUCUUAAGGCCCAUAUGCAUGCCUUGAAGAAAAGGGAGAGGAAAGACAGAAAGAAGGCUGCUGAGGCUGAGAAGGUACCUGAGAACGCACCCAAGAAACAGAAGAAAGCGUCUUCAAAGAAGUCCUCAGGGUCCAAGUCGUGAGUAAUAACCAGGAUACACUGUGCCUUCUUUUUUCUACAGCCAGACUAAUCUGAGUUUCGUCAAGAUCUUAUCAUCCGUUUUACUCGUAUUCAUGUCUGGGAGGUGAAGCCUGUGAAUACCUACCUAUAUAGAGCUGUGCAUCGAUUCUAACAUUUUUGAAGCAGCGUUUUGAUCUAAAUGUGUGUUUUUAUCUGAUCGGCAUCAAAGAGAAGACGUGCCCUUUGAACUGCAAGGAUCUGAUCUUAAAUUCUGGUGCAAUUUGCUAUGGUUCAUUGA